GCAAGUAGACAGGAGGGGAUGCUGCUGAAUCUAGUCAAAUAGCUCCAUCUAGUGGAACUGUGUGGUUUUUUCCAGAAUCUUCCUGCAGCUGUCUGAAGCUGAUGAACACAUUUCAACACAACAUUCUGGAGGAGGCGGAGCCUCUCCAGAGCAGUGUGGCCCUGCAACCUGUGAGCUUCCAGCUGGACAAAGACGGACAGCACUUUGGCCUGACCCUGGACACUGCAGGCUUUUCUCCAGAGGAGCUGUCUGUCAGGCAGGUGGGCAGGAAGCUGAGAGUCAGCGGGAAGACAGAGAAGAAACAGGAGGACGGGAAAGGCUCCUACUCUCACAGACUCCAGGAGUUCAGACAGGAGUUGGAUCUGCCUGAAGGCCUGAACCCUGAAGCCGUCACCUGCUGCCUGUCUCCAGACGGAAAGCUCCACAUCCAGGCAGUCAAAGAGGAGGCUGACAGAGAGCUGAGCAUCAAGAGGAGCUGGGAGGAGGAACCACAGCAGAGAGAGUGUUCACAGACACAAGACAGCACAGACUCACAACACACCAUAGAACCAACACAACACAUGGACUCACACACACAUUCAUGGGACUUUAUGAUCAGUUUUAGAUGGAGAGAAUUGAAGCUACUUUGAUUUAUUUGGAUCUAUUAACUUGUGUUUUUGAUAAAUGUAACAAGAAGUAGUGAU